CAGCAUCGGCGCACCACGUGAUUUGGUAUUCUAUAGAAUUUUUGAAUGUUUUUCAAUUUUGAUUUUUUGUUAAAUUAAUUUGAGAACAAUGUUCAUCGUUUUAAGUAAGUCGUUUUUAAUCCUCGAUAAAGAUGAAGUUGUUUCCUCGCAAGAUAAUAACAAUGGUCAAAAAGCUUUGAUCGUAUAUGAUUUGAAACGAGAUUCUAGCAAAUCGAUUCAAAUCGAUUGGUGUCCAUCAACUGAAAUGACCAAAAAUGAUGCUGAUGAUGUAAAGAAAAAUGCAAAAGAGCCUAUCGUUUCUUUUAAUACUGGAACAUUUUCAAAUUUGCACGAUUUUGUUGCCAUUAGUGAUGAUUUAAAAAAUGUCAUCAUAUUCGAUCAUAAUUUUCAUAAAAUCAAUCAAUUCAAAAUUAAAAAGAAUGCACAAAAAAUGAUUUUUACUAAAAAUGAAGAAAAAAUUUUAAUCUGCGACAAAGCUGGUGAUAUUUACGAAUUUGAUGUAAAACAAUCAUCAUCAUCGAAUGAAGAGAAUUGUGGACGUUUACUUCUUGGUCAUUGUUCAAUGCUAUUGGAUUUUCUUAUCACCGAUGAUCAACGUUAUAUAAUUAGUGCUGAUAGAGAUGAAAAAAUUCGUGUUACACAUUAUCCAAAUACCUAUAAUAUAAAAACAUAUUGUCUUGGUCAUAGCCAAUUUGUUUCAUCCAUUCAAUUGAUCAAUCAACAGACAUUGGCCUCCGGAUCAGGUGAUGGUAAAAUUAAAAUCUGGAACUAUUUGAAUGGAAAAAUUUUGUACACACAUGAUUUCCAUGAACAACAACAACAACAACCAACCAGUGCAACAAAUGGUCGUAACAAAUCAGCAGUAAAGUCGGAUUUCGCCAUCAAAUCGAUGACAAUCGAUCGUCCAAAUAACGGCCGAUAUAUUUGUGUUUCACUUUUGAGCCAAUCAAUUUUAUAUUUAUUUAAAAUUCAAUAUAAAAAUGAUGAUGAACAUCAAUUCGAAUCAUUGGAUGUCAUAACCCAAUUAAGAUUUAAUCAAAUUCCAUUAAUGAUAAGCUUUGAUUUAAGUCAUAUAAAUUUUCUAUGGAUUUUCGGUGCUACUGCAAUGGAAAAUAAUGAUGAUGAUGAUGAACCGAUCAAACUAUAUGAACUAAAACAGAAUGAACUAGCUCGUCCAUUAAUUCGUAUGCAAGUGAUUGAUACAUUGAAUCAAAAUGAACAUUUUCGCCGAUCAAUUGCCGCUACUAAACGAGAUGAAUAUGGAUAUUUAUUCAAGCAUCCUUUUCAUAGCGAAGUAAUGGUUGGCGAAAAUUUUCAGCGUAAAAGGUCACGUAUUGAAAGCUAAUAGCAAAAUAUGGACUUCCCUUAAUCAUCGUAAUCAAAACAAUAUUGUAAGCCAUUGCUUGCCACUGUCAAUUAUCUGGUGAAUCCGGAUGUUUGAGCUAAACGAUGUUUAUCCUGUUUUCUUUCUUUUUUUUCUACUAACUAGCAAUAAUUGUGUUGUUGGUUAUCUUGUAUGUAACAAUAUUUUUUUUUUAUAUAUAACAUUUGGAUUAUUAAUAAUGAAAAAAUCAUUUGUUCAUUGAUCAUUUUUA